AUGUUGAACCUUUUUUUCGUUGAACAGCAGCAGCAGCAGCAUCGACAUCAGAGGCAGGCCUCCAUUUGUGGUAGCAGAUCCACCGGUCCGCAGAAAUAUCCCACAGAUUACCCAGCUCUGACGUACUUGCAGGACGAAUGCCGAUGCCACAACAACAGCAACGCCCACUCCCGCCCCCAGGAUAUUCAGACCGACCAAUCGUACCUACAAAAGCACCGACAGCAGUCACCAGUGAGCUGCCCAUCAAGAGCAGGGGCAGCAGCCGACUGCAACAGGCCAUCCCAAACGGAAACCUCGUAUCUGCGCGACCACCAGAAGCCACAGUUCGAAGAUGCCCUGGAUAACGAGUCCGAGGGUACGCGCAGCAGCCAGAACUCGCAGACGGAACGAUCCUACGUGAACGAAAGCUACAAACGCCAGCACGAGAAGCUCAUGCAGGAGGCAACCUCACAGACCAAUGUAAUACCAUGCGAGAGUCAGCAGGAUAGGGAGGCAACAGUCUACUCGGCGGCAAGCAAUCGGGGUCCACCACCAUGUCCAUGUCCAUGCAGCUCGAAAGCCACAACAGCGGAUUUCUAUCGCACGCCCUGUGGCAGCAGCACAAGGAGCGCUGCUCACUCUUCGCGGCAUACGUCCUGUGGCUGCAGUCUGCACAACUAUUUGCCCAGAUCAGAGAUGGACAACCGGCCACCGUUUGCCAGUGAUCCGCGGCCCAUGACAUUCCACGAUUGCCUCUGUGGCGGCCAGCAUCAGAGCAAUUUGCCGCCCUGGGCCCCGAAUCCGAAUGCCCAGCAUAUAGCCCUCUCGAAUGCGGAUACCAACUGCAGCCUGCAGUGGGCAGCGAAUAACGAGGAGGCACAGUCGUUCCAGAGCGCAGCCAACACCUGCUACACGCAGAAUUCGAAUGCACAGCACAUUGCCAUGCCGAAUAACCAGGAGGAUAACUCCUACCAGAGUGCAGCCAACACUUGCUACACGCAGAACUCAUCCAAGGUCACGACAUUUGCAUCCCAAGGGCAGCAUCCUUGCUCCAGUGCAACCAGCGGCUGUCCGAUUACGAGCACCAUCGAUAUAUGCCCGUCGAAGGGUUCGUCCAAGGACUACAAGAGCGUCACCACGUGGGCCGAUAAAACGGUGUCUGGCUCCACCAGUCCUUGUCCAGUCACAAGCACCGGGAAUCUGUGCCCCUCGACAGCGCUGGCAGAGGCUGCAUCAUCCAGGGGCUUCAAGAGUGCCCUCACUUGCGGCACCAAAUCGGAUUCUUGUCCGGUUACGAGCAUUGAGGAGCUGUGUGCAUCGCAAGGUUUUGUGGAUCCUUGCUCAUCAAAGGGCAUUGUGGAGCCUUGUUCAUCGAAGACCGUUGCGGAUCCUUGCUCAUCAAAGACCAUUGCGGAUCCUUGCUCCUUGAAGUCUCUGGCAGAUCCUUGUGCGUUGAAGUCUGUGCUAGAUCUAUGCUCAUCGAAGGCCAAUGCGGAUCCUUGCUCAUCGAAGGCCAUUGCAGAUCCUUGUUCAUCGAAGGCCAUUGCGGAUCUUUGCUCAAUGAAGUCUCUGGUAGAUACUUGCGCAUCGAAGGCUACGCCAGAUCCUUGCUCAUCCCGUGGCCAUGUAGAUCCCGGCCCAUCGAAGCUCUGUUCCUGUGCAUCGAAGGCCGUUUCGAAUCCUUGCUUUCCAGAUGCCAGCUCCAUAAAUACCAUGGCACAACAAGCCACAUGUGGCACCCAGAUCAGCGUGCUGCCCGCGAGCAAUUUGGAUGCCGGCGGCUCGGAUGUGACCAACCAGGAGGAUAUGACGACCUACACGAACUCCGGCCUCACACACGGCCUGCCAUCGUCGUUUGGCUACGACGAUCAGACCUCGGCCACCUCCCGCUCACGCUCCAUUGUGAACAAGAUCACCUGCCUGUGCUCCUCGGACCAAAAGUCGAUCUACAACAAUCGAUUCGAGAAGGGGCCACGCGAAGAGGGCCACGUGCAGUACGGGGAUGAGCUGUUGCUACAGAAUAAUUCCGAUCAUUGUAAUAUUUGUGAGGUAUGUCCGCCGCCGCACGAUCCCAUGCAGUCGAUUGGCAGCACUGAGCUGCGUGCAGCGCCCGCCAGGCCGCUGCAGAUCAAGUGCGCCCAGUCCACGUGCACCUGCAGUGCGCUGCAGUGCAAGACCAAGGCCGCACUGAAGAGCCAAUCGAAGAGCCAGUCCCACACCACCACCACCACCACCACCAUCACGCAGAUGAAGAGCUCCAAGCAAGUGUGCGCGGAGGAGCAGGAUGUGUUUCGCGACUGCGCCUCCUUCAACUCCAACACAAAGUCCACCAAGUCGAAGAGCGGCCGCAGAUUGUCCUACAAAUCAUCGCCAACGUGCUCCAGCCAUCACACUCAUAAGUCGCUGCCGAUCAUCACCAGCUGCUACAGCAACAAGGACCACAAGGAUGGGGGGGUGGCUGAGCCGGCGGGUGUGUGCCCGUGCGGCAUCUGUGGCAUAUCACAGAAGACCGACUCUGAGGAGCAUUCCAAGGUUGAGACAUCUGUCAUGCAGCUGUGCAUUUGCGGCCAGGACGCUAACGGGCAAUCCGACGUCCCAUCCAUGGAGAUGAAGAGCUGCUACGAUCCGUCGUUGGAUAAGCAGAGCGAGUCCGGUUUCUAUCACUCGCCGGACACCUCGGCCUACACCGAUUAUACGGAUCCGCCCUGCAAAGAGCUGGUGGUGGAGAGCCGCAAGGAGCGCAUCAUGGACAUGGUGCAGCAGCUGAGCGAUGCCGCCGACUGUGAAUGCAACGAGGAUCGUCCGGCCAUGAUACAGAAUCUGUUUCGGGAGCUAACCCUCAUGCUGCGCAUGGAGGAGGAGCGCGCUGUGGCGCCGCAGGACGAGCUGAAGCCACCCAAGCCCACCUUCGAGGAGUGCUGCGCUGUGCAGCAGCAAUGUGUCGCCCAGCCGCCGCACGAGCAUGCCACACGAGGUGCAAAGGAACGGCGCCGCAACGAGUGCUUCGAAACGCUGGAAGAUGCCGUGCGCAAGUGCUUCAUGAAGCGGGAAGCCAGACAGCUGCCAGAGGUGGAAAUCUACGGAUUCGAGCAGGUCUCCGACUCGGAUAUGGACGAUGCCUGCGAACUGUGGCUGCCACCAGCGGAUUCAACAGAAUUCAAGGAUGCAGAGGGACAGGGCUGCGGCCACGACGAGGAUUGCUACGAGUCGAAUAGCAAACAAUGUCUGCUCGAAAAGAUGACAAAGCUAAUGGGGGAGCCCGGCCCGGAGGAGUGUGGCAUGUGUGAGGAGAUAUUGCAGCAAGUUGUCGAGCCCUGUGGCAGUUACGAUCGCAAUAAGUUCGAUGGCAAUUCCUAUGCCAACUUGGAGUCAUGCAAGAAGACGGAACCCCAAUCCAACGAGACUAAGGUGAUGCCUUCCAAUUGCAAAUUGGAGCAGGCACCAAAAGGGGUGGAUAUUUGUGCCUCUCAAGAGAAACCUGUGGCCCCACUAGAUCAUGGCAAGCCCAAAGAUAACUGCUCCAAACAGGAUAUAUGUGCAAAGAUCGAGCCCUGUCCAACGAGCACGUCGGUAUGUCCCCCCAGUCAAGUGCCCAGCGCCACCAACCACCCAGAGAUCUGUGUGAAGGUUGAGAAUUACAAGCAGACGGAGUCCUGUACCUCUGUGAAUAAGGGCAAGAAGAACGACAGCAAGCAGCAGCUCUGUGGCGGAGAUUUUGGCAAUCUGCUGCCCGAUGGAGCGCUCAGUCCAGAGGCACGUCAGCUGUGCGAGAAAUUGCUGCGCCAGGCGCUGGUGGACUGCGGUGCAUGUGAUAAGCUGGCGCCAUCUCAGUCGUGCCAGAGCUCAGAGGGAGCAGCAGCACCGAAAGGAGCAGGCCAUUGCCAGUGCUGUCAUUGUCGUGCGCUCAGAAGCGACAGCGAAUGCAAAACAGUGUCCAAGACUCUGCGAUCGGCCAUGUGCGAUCCGGCUUGUGAAAUGAAAUACUUUAUCGACUCGAUGAUUGUGGAUUUGGAAGUCAUGGACCAUGUGCUGGCCAAAAACCAGGCACGGGCCAAGGAUGUGAGAGCAAAUUGUUCGGGCAAUGCGCCGGGCAACAGCUACCCCGUGACCAUCAGCACUGUCUCCAGCUUGGGCUGUUCCGCUCUCUACAUCAGAUGGGACGUGCAGGACUGUGCCGGCAUUGCCGGUUAUGAGAUUUACGUGGAUGGAAAUCUAAGGAAUCGCCUUUACAGCUUCCGACACGACGCCGAUGUGGUGGCCAAUGUGGAUGUAACCAAGGGACAUCAGAUUGUGUUGCGUGCCCAGGCCAUAGGCCAGGAGUUUCCAGGCGAUGAUCUGCCAGUGGGCAACUGCAAAACGGUGGCGCGUAGCAGCCAUCCGGAGAUGGCUGUCGGCGCCAAGAGACCUUGGUCGCCCAGCAUCUACUUCUAUGAUCCCAGCGUGGGCAUCAAGCCGUCGUCAGGCGCGAGGCGAGCUAGUCAAACAUAAAUCAGAUAUCAAAAUGGGUUUCGGGGAGCACCAAUGGGAGAAUCCCAUCCCCGGCCACACGCAUCAAACUUUUAGCUUGUACAUAUAGGAUUUACUUGCAUGAGAGAUGUUUUGUUUUAGAGUUGUUUUGUUAUGUACACCGCCCCACCCGCCCCCCACAAAAAGAAUAAAGGGAGAGAGAGGAGAGAGUUGUGUAGCGCCUAUUUGCGCUUAAGGAAUUGAAGGAUUGAUUGGACUAGAAUUGUAUUUGUAGUGCUUUAAAUAGUGCCUUAAAUUAUAAUCGUAUUUAUUAAGCAGAAAGCGAGGGAGGGAGAGCAUUGCAUUGUACAUGAAUUGAUAGAAUUGAUAAUACCCUAAGAUAUAGGGCACCCCUUAGGGGGGCUCUUCACACGUUAGUUGACACAACACCAAAAUCAUUUUGAAUAAAGAAAACCAAGAAUCUCAAUGUUAGAGAUGCCAACAAA